UUUAUAAUUAAUGGAUGAUUGGCCUUUUAUAAGUUCAUAUCUGUCAUGCGCAUCCAAAUAUCAUUUUAAGGUUUGCGUUAGUUAUGUAUAGAUAUAUCUGUGUUAUUACUUGGAAUAUGAUUUUUUUUUUCUCACAUGUCAGGAGGUUCAUAUGAUUUAAGAUUUUAUAUUUAUUUUAUUUUAUGCAGGAAAACGAGACAAUAAAUUCAACAAUUCAGGAAUUCUUUCUACAUGAGGGUCAGGUGGUAGUUGUCCAUUUUGUAUCAUCCAUCAAUUUUUAGAACCAUUGCAUUGGUGUAUGGUAGGAGAUAGGCUUAAAUCUGAGCCAACAUGGGUUUUGAUAUUGACUGCAUAUUGAACAUUCAAUCUCUUUCUGGAGAGUACUUCUGCCCAGUAUGUCGCUUGCUUGUCUACCCAAAUGAAGCUCUUCAGUCAGGGUGCACUCAUCUUUAUUGCAAACCUUGUUUGACAUACAUUGUGGGAACUACACGGGCUUGCCCAUAUGAUGGAUACUUGGUGGCCGAAGCGGAAUCUAAGCCACUUAUAGAAUCAAACAAAACAUUGGCUGAAACCAUAGGCAAGGUAGCAGUUCAUUGUCUCUUUUACAGGAGUGGAUGCUCAUGGCUGGGUCCUUUAUCUGAGUGCACUUCCCAUUGUUCUGGGUGUGCCUUUGGAAAUUUGCCAGUGGUAUGCCACAGAUGUGGAGGCCAAAUUUUGCAUCGUCAAGCACAGGAGCAUACACAAAACUGUCCUGGUGUGCAACCACAAGCACAGCAGGCACAGGGUGUCCAGGGCACUGCGGCCACAGCCACAGUUGUUGUUGCUGACCAGAUCCAGACUGCUACUCAAUCUGGAUUGCGGACAUCUCAGUCACAGACUUUACAAGCUACCGGUGCACCACCACCUGGAUAUGAUCCCAAUCAGCAAAUCGGUGCAAAUUCAAAAGCCCAAGCUGUAGCUCCAGCUGGUGUGCCAGCUCCAGAAACGUGGUAUCAGCAACAAUAUCAGCACUACCAGCAGUACCCUGGAUAUGACUCUUACCAGCAGACUUAUCAACAUUACUACCCCUACCAGCAGCAGGCCAUCCAGCACUACCAGCAGCAUCCACAGCGUGUUCAAGGGCAAAAUCAGCCUCAGGCUUACAUUCAGCCCCAACCGGGCCAACACCAAUUUCAACCUCAAGGACAGUUCCAGCCGUGGGUCCAACUCCAACCCCAAUUCCAAUUCCAAUUCCAACCCCAACCCCAACCCCAACCCCGAACCCCCCAAGCCCAAGCCCAAGCCCAAGCCCAACCCCAACCCCAACCCCCCCAACUUCAACCCCAAUUCCAACCCCAACCCCAACCCCAACCCCAACCCCGACCCCCCCAACCGCAACCGCAACCGCAACCGCAACCCCAACCCCAACCCAAACUCCAGCCCCAGCCCCAACCCCAACCCCGACCCCAGCUUCAGGCUCUUCAGCCUAAGCAGCUACCAAAUCCAAAUGCCCAGUCUCAGACACAGCAUCCCUCGGCCGAUGCAGUGAUUGGCCAUUACUUCCAUACGCAACCCCAGGUUAUCCAGCAGAUGCAGUUGGGAGCCUCAGAACACCUCCCUAUGCACAUACAUCUCCAGAAUGGGCCUCUGCCUCCAUAUCCGGCCCAAAUACAUGGUCAGCUCCCUUUACAUCCUCCUCAGAUGCAUCCACCCCAACCUCGUCCUCCUAUGGUCAAUCAGCAACAGCCAGCCUUGUUGCCAUCACAAGGGAAAAUCUCAAGCGUCCCUUCUUCACAACAGCAGCCAAUUUACCCACAUGCACAGCAACCUGGUCACCCUGUUAACCAGCAUUCUGUUAUGGAGCCAGUUCAACAACCAGUGCCUCAGCAAUAUGCGCAGCGGCAGCGGCAGCGGCAGCAGCAGCAGCAGGGUCAAGCAUUGGGUGUGAAUCAGAGUCGAUCAAAUCAGCAUUGUUGUGCUGUAAAGCAUCUGCAGCAGCCUCAAAAUUAUGUGGCUGGUGCUUCUCAGAAGCAAUACAAUCAAGAUCAUAUGUCUCCUCCGCAUGAUGGGGUCUCUAGGAUAUCUGAAGGUGAAUGUCCUAUAGUAGGUUUGCCGCAGGUUGAGUUGUGUACUGGAUCGUUGGAUUCACGUGGUGGGAUAAUGGGAAAAGCGCCACCACAUGGUCCUGAAGGUCAGGUUGGUCAGCAGCAUCCUAUUAAUCCAAUGGAGACUCAAUUUUUUUCCAAUCAGAGGUCUUGUCACUUUGAUGGCAGACAACUUAAUUCAGAUUUACAUGAGACUUUGGAAAGUGGUACAACUGGGCAGUUGUCUGGUAUUAAAUUAAAUGUGUCAAGAAUGAACAGGUCCCUAGUCUUUGAUUCCACAUUGAUACUAGGGUUUCGGGGUGAAAGGUUGAAGCCUCUGGAACCUCCUCAGCGCCUUGAUAGGCGUGAGUUUGAACCAGUUGCUGGAUUAGAUCGGCAUCACACAGUUUGUUCGACUCCUAGAAGUCCAAUUAGAGACUAUCCUGGCAUUCAGAUGAGUGGAUCUGGAAAAUUUUCAGGUGUCCCACUUAACCAGUCAGCGUUGAAUGAAUCACACCUGUUUGGUGGAGGUAGGUUCCCACUUUUACCUAAUCAGAUGCGAACAGGUGUGCUUGAAGGUCCGGGGACUCUGCAGGGAGGUGACUUGAUUGCACAAAAUACUUUACCUGGCCAAUUGAGUGGUGAACAUCUGGGUCCUCAGGACUUUCUGAGUCAGGCUGGUUUGGGUGUCGUUCCUGGACAAGCACGUAUUGGGGAAUUGACUGGCUCUGGAAACUUCCCUCAACAUCUGCCUCCUGGUGGAUCUUUUGGAGGCAACAAGUUGAGUCAUCCACGUCUUGGCGAGCCUGGAUUUAGAAGCAGUUAUUUUACCCAGGGAUAUCCAAAUGAUGGUAGUUUUUACAGAGGCGUUGAGAAAAGAAAGUUAGCAAGCAUGGGAUGGUGUGGCAUUUGUCAAGUUGAUUGUGAAACAAUGGAAGGACUAGAACUGCAUUCACAAACAAAGGAACACCAAAAGAUGGCCAUGGAUACGGUUCUAAGCAUAAAGCAGCAGAAUGGAAAGAAACAGAAAACUUCCAACGAUCAUCCUUCACUUAAAGGGGCAAGCACGUCGAGUAGUUCCAGUCAUGAGGGUUGUGGCAACAAGUAUUGAGUCAUGGUGCAAUGCUAGAUAGUGGACUACACCGAUCUCAUUCCCGACUUUGAAUCAAGUCGUGUCUUUGAUCUUUUCAAUUCAACCUGUGUUCUGUCGGGGAAGCAGAUGACUAAAGAGCUUAAAGUUCAGCAGAAAGGUUUACUCACAAAUUUUUUAUAUGAUGAAUAGUGAGAUUUCAUCAAUACCACUCUGACAUGGUUUCUGGUCUGAGUUGUUGGGCAAAAGAUUUCCAUCCCAAUAUUGGAUGGCUACAAGACAAGUAUAUUCUGCUAGAAAUACAUCAACUUAAGCUAAAUUGUGUUUGUUGUUGAUGUGAACUCAGUGACUCUAGUUCUUGCAGGUAUCUUUGCUCAAGUCAAGUGCAAUUUGGAUGGAACUUUAAUGGUGAGGACAUUUUGGCUGGAUGUAUCACUUAAAUUGGGGGUUUAUGUAUCAUUACCAUUCAUAAAUUGAAGGAGAUCAUAUACCAUAGAAACUUGUAGAAUUGUGGGAGACAAAAUUCAUAAAUAAUAAAUUUAUUAAAUAUUAUAAUUCAUUUACUUCUGAAGCCUUUAAAAAUAUCCUUAAAGUUAAAGGUACACUACUCAUGUAAAGUGUUCUUUGACUUCUAAUGUAUAAGAAACUUUUAAUGUCCAUUUAAAUAAGAGCGGGGCUAAGCUUGUUAUUUGGAGAGACAUUUGGCUCCGGGCUCCAACUUACACUUGAUGAAAUGCAUUGCAACCCAAAAAAAAAAAGAAAAGAAAAAAAAGUGAGAAUGCUAAAAUGAAUGAUAAGAAUUAGGGAUGGGGGGUGUGUGCGUUAGGGGGGUUCCCCAAAACACUACCCCGUUUUGUUAAGUGUUAGACUAUCCCAUACCUGUCCUGAACUCAGGAGGGGUUUAUGAGCAAAACACAAGUCCACCCCACCCAUCCCGGCCGUUUAUGAACAAAAGCAAAGCACACAAAUAUAUCAUGAAUAAACCAAAUCUGUGGUUUUUGCUCCUGAUUGGAUGAUCACCAUUGUCAAAGUGUCGGUGUGUCAGUAUGACGCUGCGACUUUGGAAUUUAGGGUGAGACAAAUGAGGGUUGGGAGAUGUGAAGGCUUUGACAUGGGCGAAAGAGUGCUGGCUGUAAAAAAUAUGUUUGGGAGAUGUGGGAUAGUGCUAAUCGCACAAAAGAUGAUUGGGAGAAGGCUUUGGAUUGUAGGAAAUCGCUGAUUGGGAAGUGAGGCAGUAUUGAGAUAGUGGACGGCUGGUCCGUGGGAGCAGCGGGUGAGGUGUGUUUGAGAGAUCAGAGAUGUAAGAUGCCUUACAAAUUUUUUAAUGUAUAUAAGGGCAAUUUGAGUACUUCAAAAUAAGAAUAUUGUAUAUGCAUAGUUUUGCUAUAUAAUUGGGGCCGGGUGAUAGAAAACCUGGUCCUGCCCUGAACAUGACUCAAGAGUUCUAAUCUCUUAAUCCAUACCCUUUCUUUUUUUGAAAGGGGUCUCAAUGCCAGUCCCAUUAGGGGCGGAAAACCACCUGGUUGGAAGAAGCCAUCGCUAAGAGGACCGAUUAGAAGAGAGACGAUUAAUAAUUAACUUGUGAGGAAGGAAUUAGGGAUAUCACUUAUAAGGGAUGACAUAAGAGAAAAAAGGGAUGACACAAGAGAAAACAGACUUAGGUAAUAGGUGGUGUAGACUUAUACGAUGUAUACAUGUUGAUGCACCAACAAAGAGAGGAGAGACAGAGAGGAUGACUGGAACUAAUAUGGGAUGAAGUUAUUCAAAAAAAAAUUUAAAGAUGAAAUAUAGUCGGAGAAAUGACUUGUUAUAGAAAAGAAGGGAUAUAUAUAUUUGUAUGCGACUGACCCAUUCAUAUGGAAUAAAGACAAAGAAGAUGAUUCAUGCCACUUCACUGGUAUAUCGUAACUAACUGUUUGUUAUUUCAUGUUAACGUCAUCUAUUGUGUAGGCAGUUCAUCAUGCAGUGACUUUGAUAAACAAUUUCUCAUUUGUCAGUUAAUCAAGCGUUUUUGAUAAAAUGGACCCAAGCUUUUGAGAAAGUUUAGGAACCCCUAUAGCAAGUCCUUUAUGUGUCAUGGGUUGGAAUAGAGUUGUUAGGAGUUAUUAUUUAUCCACCGAUUAUCCAAGUUGGUUCACUAAUAGUUGAUAACACCAAUUACACAAUAAUUAUUAUAGUUCAUUGUUGAUGCAUUUCAUGUGCCUUCUGUCCUCAUCCUAAGUAAUUUAAUCUGUUGGUUGUAUUUGUCAUUAUAACAACCAAGGAGAGUUAUACACUCAAGGGCCUGCCUCAAGUACAAAAGGGAGAACCAUCCACAACCAACAAUAGAAACAAAACUCCACAGAACAACCUAAGCCUACAUUUGGUAAGCAGGAAGGAUGUGACGAUGGAGGAGGCCUCCUUUCGGGCCCACCACCAUUUUACUUCCACCCUGCAACACAUACGUUCACGCCCACCCUGAAAAGUUAAAGGGAAAUACCUAACCUUGAUGAAAGAGAAGGAAGGAUCGAUGUAGCAAUGUACACUAACCACCUGAAUUUGUUGCUUUCAUAAAAGCAUUUAUCAAUAUAUCGAUCUUUUUCUUGAUUAGAAGAAGAAAUUGUGAAUGCUUUUAUCUGUGUAAUUGGUUGCUUGCUUGUCUUAUUUUGGCUUCAAAUUUAGGGAAUUCUUGGAACUUUUAUGAGAUGGAAUCCUUAUAUUUAAAUGUGAACUCUCAAGUAUAGCAUAUAAGGGCUGCUUGGUUCAGUUUCCUGAGAACAGUUAUUUGUUUUCUUUUAACUUUUUAAAGUUCUGUUUGUUAUCGAAUGGGUUUACUUUAAAUUUACUCUUUCACUGAAGUUUUAAGUUGUUGACAAUAAAACCGUGUGUGCUUUUGUCUCCUGUUUGAUCCAUUUGCAUGAGGAAAAGUUGCUUUAAUGACUUCCUUGCUUUGCUUAAUGAUUAGUCAACUCUCUCUCUCUCUCUCUCUCUCUUUUCAACCUUACCAAAACGAUCACAGGUGGUAGAUAAUUCCCAUGAGUAUCAAGAAAAAUGCACUUUUUACCAUGUUAUACAUUAUAGUUCCCCCUUUUCACUUUAAUAAAUAUAAAAGGGUCGCAGAAAGUGGAAAUAUUAAUUAAAUAAAAAAACAAUAUAUUUUGGGGUUGAAAGGCAACAAUUACUGUCACAUUCUGGAAUAAGAAAUUGAAUGAUGUGAAUGUAUUGAUGUGGCCGCAUCUCGAUGCUUCCUCUUGCAAAAACCUAGAGCAUUGCUAAUAUUUUAGAAGAUUUACUGGUAAAGAAAAUUGCAUGUUUUGGUGUAGCAUUUUUGGUAUUUGUUAGAUUGUAGACCACUCAUUGAAGUUCACCGUUGAAGGGUAAAUGAUUGAAAUUAUCUGACUUUAUUGGUUUUUUGUUACAGUCAAUAUAUUAUAUAUAGCUCUAAUUGUUGGUCAUCGAGGAGCUUUCAAAAUUUGUUUGCUUUUCUCUUUAAUAAAUUUUCUACUUGACCUUCAGAUAUCUUAAACUGGUUCAUUUCUCUUGAUAGGAAUUUGUCUUCAUUGCAUAUUUACAUAACAUCUUCCUUGGGGCUAGAUAUUUUAUAUAGCUCAGGAUGGUUGUUCUGCUUUAACCUUUCUUGGUCCUUUAUACUUUUAAGGGGAAACUAUCCUUUUAUUUUAAUAAAAAAAAUUGCAUCACCAAGUGCUGGUCCUGCCUAUGUAGGUGUUGGGAGAAGACUACGGGAGACAAACUUAACCUUUGAAAAAAAUUAUCCAGACUCACGUUUGUAUCCUCAUGCUUGUCAGCUUGAGAUUUUCCUGCUGUGCCAAACAAUGACCCUUUGUUUGAUUUUAAUUUUGAAUUAGCUUUAAGUAAGAUUUAUAGUGGAACAUAACUGAAACUGCUGUAGAUGAGUCACAGUAAAGAACUUUAAUAUUCAAAUAUUAAGGACAUAGUUGUUAAAUGCUAUUUGUUGCUAUCCUUUGGGGCAUUUGGGGUGAGAAAAUUCAGGACUCCAUAUUGGAUAGGCCUCUUGUUCUGAUGUUCUUGCUACUUCAAUUUGAUUCUCAGUUCUUGAUGUUGCUGCUCUUAGGGCUGAAGAUGUGCUUCCUUAGUUUUUAUUUGCCUCUUUCGUUUUUUCAUGUGUAUUUGAAAUUCAUUUUCUCCUUUUCUUUUAUCUUUUCUCUGGAAUAUGCUCUCUCUUCUCACAUACUUCAUUGCUUUAUUCUUAGUGAAAAUGAUAUAGUUCUUAGUAAAAUAUUUCUGUGGGGUGCUACUAGAGUAUAUUAUCUAUUUGCUUAACUGUAAUUCAACCACAAGACUAGCAUAGUCAUUAUUAUUAUUAUUUUUAUUUAUUUGAUUUUUUUAUUAAUGUUACCUGCCUGUGCUGUCUAGAUUGAUUACUGAUUGAAUCGUGUUUGAAUCUGAGAGAGAUUUAUUAUAUUAUGCUUCUAUAACUGAUCUGCUCCAUUUCUUUUGUUUCAAUUUAUGGGGCUCAAUUGAAGCUACAGUGUAGACCUUUCUCUGUUGGAUAAGAAUCUUUGACUUCAAAGAUUCUCCGUUUUAUGCCAGGUUUGCUGUAUGUUCUGCGUUCUGAACUUUUAGUUGCAUCACUCAUUCAUUGCAAUGUUUUUUGGCUGCAAGCUUUAGUUAAAUUUCUUAUGCAAUUGUUUGAUAUUUUUUGUUAUCUACAUUCUUCUUCAUAAAAAUCUUUUACGUCACCAAUCCUUGAUAUCUUGUUAAGCUAUAUCUCCUUUAGAUGUAUACUGUGAAGCACUAAAAACCUAAGGCUGAGAAUUAAUGGAAUUAUUCCUUCAUAUUCGUAAUCAUGAAGAAGCCAUACCUUUAGGAGUCUUACCCAACUCAUCUUUAGCUUCCAAGAAAAAAGAGACAACCCCAGUAUAUCCUGCAUUAUUGAAGAGUUUCAAGGAGGCAGAGGGGUUUCGACUUUCUAAGCCUGAAAUUGAUUCUACUAUGGGUCCCUGCUUGAGUGGUUAAUGGGAAUGGACUGAAUUGGAUGAUUCUAUAUGGUCAAAUAUCUUCUGUCAAACUCUUGUUAUGUAAUUCUGAACAAGUUCCUGGAUGUACAGGCGUAGGGUGCAAUACAUUAUUUUACCCCAGAUUGUCUCGUCGCCUUUAUUUUCAAAACUCUUGUUAUGUAAUUCUGAACAUAGUUUUUCUUGUCAUGAUAGUUACAAGUUGUUAACUUAAACUGCGAGGAGGGGGAUGCUGAAGGUGGGGGGGUAGUGACGGGAGUGAAGUUCUAAUAAUGCGGCUAUACUGGAGGCAGGUUCACUUUCACCUCUUUCUCAAGGAGAGCUAAUGCUUGUUAGGUGGUAUUUUAUUUUAUUAUUAAUUUUUUUUAUGGCGUAACGGUGGAGUAUUUCUAUUUAUCAGUCAUGUCAUAUAGGCCCAAUUCAGAAAAUCCAAUUGCUUUGAUUUCAAUUAUCAAUAGGAUGCUUGAAAUAUAUCAAAAGAUGGACAAGCAAACCUAAUGAAUAGAAGUCCAAAGAGGUAUUAGGGUCCAAAAUAACGUGAGAUAUGAAAAAAUCAGGUUCAAUUAUGGAUGUUCAUAGUCUUAAAUGGAAUUGAGUGGUGUAGGAACCCAUACAUAAACACAGUAUCUGUCUUAAAUUCUUGAUACGCUUGAAUGACCCUUUAUCAUAAUGAAAAUGUAAGGUAACCUCAUCAAAAUUUGCCAAUGACUCCACCACCUAAAGCAAAUAAUUCAUGCUAUUCUGCCUAUAGAUAGUGAUCAUAGAGGAAAUAUGUACAAUGUGCAGGGAGGAAAAAAAUAUUGUGUGGCAUAUGCACUUGUCCACUGAUGCUGUAAUCAAAUUUUUUGUUUUGGUUUUGAGCAAUUGAUCUUAUUGAUUUUCUUGAAUGUCUGAAUGUAGAAACUUAUAUCUUAUAUUGAAAUAAAUUAGUUCAUGGUUUACUUAAUGUCCUCUUUUCUCUUCCUUGAAUAUAUUCAUAGGUAUUGUACACAAGAGGUCAGAGUAUUUUCUGUAUACUUGACAUGGUUGUUAUAUGUUUGUACUUAAGUUGUUAUUACAGCCAUUUUGUUUAACCAUGUAUGUUUCUUGAUGUUAUCUUCUCUUCUAUGAUAAAUUUUCAGCAGAGUUUUGAAAAUUGGUUGGGAAAAAUACGGUAUGUUCUAGAACUUGUGUUAAUAUGAUUUUUCUUGAGAAGUAUGUUGAAGAAUUCGGUAUAACAAAAAAGAGCGGCAAAAGAUCCAGGUAUGUACGGGCGUAGGGUGCAAUACAUUAUUUUAAGAAUUUGGGAACAAAAAUAUGGCAGCAUUUAUAUAUAGUUUUUUCAUGCAUACUGCAUUGAUCAUUACUGCUGUCUUAUUUUUUUAUUUUUAUUUUUGUAAUUUUCUAGUUAAUGCUGUCAACAAUCAAGUAAAUUAAGAGAGUAAAUUAGCACAUCCAUGUUAAUGUAUCUUAUCAGGAUUUGACACUAAAGGGGCCGGAUGAAUCCUUUUUGGCCCCAGUUCCUUACUAUGAAUAUUACUUUACCAAAGCUUGUUCAGUCAUCAUGGUGAAUUAACCCAUGGCCAAAUUUCAUAAAUAUUAGUUGGAAAGUACCUGGUGAUGCCAUCCAUGUUUUGUGCUGCGUAUAACUUCUAGUUUUGUUGGUGGUGGCGAGAGUGAGAUAGGUUCAUCACUUUCAUAUUAUUAUAGCUACAACCUACUAGAUAAUAUAUCAUUUAUUUAGAUAAGGUAAGAGACAGUCAUAUAUACAUAUAUAUAUUGUGAUUGUGUUAGCUUUAUAUCACGUGAUCUAGUUCAACUCUAAAAACAACUCUCUUUUCAUUAGAUUUGAAUCUGUACCAUAAAUGGUUCAGAUCUGCAUCAAGAAAACCUAGGAAGCACGGACAGGGACACGGACACGGAUAUGGGAUACGGGUACGAUACAACACGUGGGAUGGUUCAGAUCACUAAGUAUUCAAUCAAGAAAUUAGACUCACUAAGGGCCCGUUUGCAACCACAGUUGCUUUGUGCCUUUGCUUUAAUACGAAACAGAAGCAAUGUUUAUGCUUUUAGAGUGUGUUCAACACUAUUUAGAAGCUUGUUUGGUUACGUAAAUUUGUUACAAGAUUUUUAGAAGCAAAAACAUGAAAGCAUGUUUAGUAAUAAGUGUUGCAAGUUUGAAAAUUUGAAUUGUUAGUUAAAAAUGUUAUUUUAGAAUUUUUUUUAUUUUUUAUGAAUAGUGCGGAAGCAAACAAAAGCAUCAUUUUGAUGCUUCCAAUUUUGGUCUCAAUUUUAGAAGCGCUUCGGUACUAUUCAAAAGCACAGCAAAUAUUACCAAACAUGAUUCAUGCUUUUGCUUCGCUACAGUACGCUAGCAAAACAAAAAACACUAAGCAAAAGCGCUAGCCAAAUAGGCCCCAAGUAUUCAAUAUUUUUGGUCAAUAAAUAUAAAGUUUCAUAGUAGGCCCAAAUUUAUUAAACUACAAGCAAAUAAAAAUAUAUUUUUUAGAUAACCUUGUAACCAAACAAGGGAUAUUUUUUUAGAUCCAAAAGGUACAUGUCAUAACCUUAUAACCAAACAAGGGUAGGGUAAAGAAAGAUAACUUCCCCUCUCUCUCUUUCUCGCUUUCUUAUUCACGCACGCCUCUCCUGACCAUUCUUCUCACUCAUCUACUUUUUCUAACUGAAAAUUUCAGAUCGCAACCUAGAAGAGCAUCGAUCUUGGCGAUAGAAGAGCAAAGAUAAGGAUAUGUAGUUUUUAGUUGUAUUGUACUAUAUAGUUUCCUGAAUCUUCUCCAUGGAUU